UCGUAUGUUGGAUUCAUGUUAUCAGUUAGAAGGUCUCUCUCUACGAGCUCAGUAUUCGUCUCUGGAUUCAUAUAAUGAACAUUCACUUGAUGGCGAUAUACUCCUUAAUCUUUUUAUUGAUCAUGCGCCAAGUACUUUAUGUAAUAUUAAGCUUGAUUAUUCUGAAGAUCAAUGUGAAACUGCUUUGACAUUUAGUUACACUGCAAUUAAAUCAUUUUUAAUUAAUUGGGAGAAACAAAAAAGGGUGAAACUCGGACUUUCUAUAGUAAUAGAAGAUUUUGAUAUGCAUACCUAUGAAUUACAUGCGAUAGAAGAUAUGUUUUAUGAAUAUCGUAUUAAAGGCGUUCUUGAAACAUGUAAAUUGAUUCCAAAAUCCCCUCUAAUUUUCUCGGUUCGUGCUGAAGAUUGGCAAAGAAUUAUUCAUGACGAUUUUAUCUAA